GCAGAAGAAGAGAAAGAGAGGAUGAGAAUUGAGAGUGGGGAAGGAAGUAGUGGUGGCACGAUGAAGUGGGAGACAGAUACUGAGCUGGAGAAGAAGAUCASCGAGUGGGUCGCUAAUUUAUCGUUGGGGGAAGACGAGGAGGCGGAGUCCUAUGUGACUAAGGAUGAGAAGGCUGCGCUGGCCGCUGAGCUAGCGGCCAUGAAAGACCCAAUGGAACGAAGAGAGAGGGAAGACGAGCAAAAGUUAGCAUGGAAGUUGAGAAUGAAGAGGGAGAAGAAGAGGAGGAGAGAAGAAGUGAAUAAGAUGACCGUCACAGUGGCAAAGGUGCAGGAGUGUAGAGCGGAGGUGCUGGCCCAGCCAGAUGAUAAGGCCAAGUGGGACAAAGUACUGGGCUAUUUAGAGGUGUUGAGCAAGGCCUGGAUGGAGGAGCGYCAGGCAAGCUGGAGCCAGGAUGUAGCAUUGAGUGCCAUGCGGCCCGGGUUCAGGGAUUUUGCGCGCGAAAUCGUCACCCAUAUUGGGGGUGAAGUCAAGCAAUUGAGAGACARCGUAGGGAAGKUUUGUGAGGGCGCCAUUCAGGGUGCCAAAGCKGCAGCCGCUGUAGAAAGAGAGGCCAGACCCCGUAAGGACCCAGUGAAACUUAAGUUCCCAGAUGCGUACGGGGGGAAGAAGGACGAGAACUUUGACAAYUGGGAUGCCAGUGUCAAUAGUUACAUUUAUUUACAGCAUAUCCUGAUGGAGGAGCAAGUCCUCGUGGCCUUCCAGGACCUGAAGGACGAAGCGGCUAGCUUCGCCAGGUCUCUCGCGCUAGUCUACUUAGAUGAUAUUCUAGUUUUUAGUAAGACCCUCCAGGAGCACGAGGGUCAUCUGAGGCAGGUCUUGGAGAAGCUUAGAGAGGGUAACUUCAAGAUCAAUGCGAAAGAGUGCGAGUGGGCCACGCAAGUCUUGUACUUGGGCCACGUGUUGGACGGAGAUGGCAUUAAGCCAGAGGACAGCAAGAUCGCUGCGAUUAGAGACUGGCCGACGCCCCGCACAUUAACAGAGUUACGGUCGUUCCUAGGCUUAGCUAAUUACUAUAGGAAGUUCGUGAGGAACUUCUCCACUAUCGUCGCCCCCUUGCCCAGACUGCUAAAGAAAGAGGCAAUCUGGCAAUGGGAUAAAGAUUGUGCGUCUACGCUCAAGAAGUUAAAGCGCGCGUUAAUAGAAUAUCCUGUCCUCAAAGUAGCAGAUCCAUCCUUGCCAUUUGUCGUUACGACGGACGCUAGUCAGUAUGGGAUAGGCGCCGUGUUGCAGCAAGACGACGACAAUGGUUAUAGACCCGUAGAGUUCAUGUCGGCGAGAAUGCCCUGUGAGAAGGUUGCUACCUCCACGUACGAGAGAGAACUCUACGCUCUCAGGCAGGCUUUAGACCAUUGGAAGCACUACCUGCUUGGGAGGCACUUCAAAGUCUAUUUGGACCAUGAAACGCUUAGAUGGUUGAAGACCUAGGCCAAGAUGACACCUAAGUUGACCAGGUGGGCCGCAGAGAUAGACCAAUUCGACUUUGAGCUCAAGCCAGUGAAGGGCAAGUAUAACGUGGUUGCGGAUGCUCUAAGUAGGAGAUCGGACUACUUUGGAGCUGUAGUACACUAUCUGGAUAUAGGGAAAGACCUGCAGGAGAAAGUGAAGCAAGCGGAUGCGCAGGACCCUAUCUAUAGCGACCUCCUAAAGAGAGUUAGAGAGGCUCCAGAGAUCGAACCAGAUUACCGCACUACAGACGGAUUGUUGUUUGAGAAGACUAAUGUGUUUGACCGCCUGUGCGUCCCCAACAACGAGGAGAUUCGUAGUCUGAUCCUAGGGGAAUGCCACAAUAUUGAGGGACACUUCGGUUGGCAAAAGACAUUAGCCAAUCUAAUGCGCGCGUAUACCUCGCCCGGAAUGAAGAAUGACUGCAUAG